AUGUAUGCCGGCGAGGGCCAGGCAUGGUGGGUGAUGAAGGACUGCAAAGUCCCAGAGGCAGAACUUGCCUUUGAUCUGGGUAACAUGGAAAUGGACAUUAUGGACUCAGUGCAGGUCGUGUGUGAUUGUAACAGUGGUGGCACAGGUGUGUCUGUACCAGCCCAGGUUUGGGACAGCAGGAUCAACACCUGGCUCCAGCCCACGGAGCUCCGGCAGCACCAAGUUCCUGUUGAAAUGUGUGCCUGGAGCCGGGACCAUGCCCAGUCUGUUCAUGGGCAGGAGGCAGAGGAGCAGCAGCCAGGUCCUCACCUGAAGUGGAGGAUGGAAGGAGGGGACGGUGCCAGCCGUGCUGCUCCUGCAGACAGGAGGGCCACAGCACACUGCCCAGCUCCCUCCAGGACCUUCUGGAUCAUCUUGUCCAUUGCCUUGCUGUUUUUUGCAGUUGUUGGUGUCAUUCUUGUGGGGGUUCCCAGCUUCUCCCCCAGCUCUGCCCAGGCUGGCUCCCAGCUCGUCCGAGUGACACUCCAGGGCCAGCAGGACCCGCUGAGGAACCAGACAGCCGUGGUGGACAAGGCCAGGAGCACCAUCACCUACUACAUCACCUCACAGAGCAACCUGAGCUCCGUGGUGCUGUACGACAGCAGGAACGGCUACGUGUGCUACAAGCCACUGGAGCAGCGAGCCUGCUACCUGAGGAGGAUGGACCCCUGGGACCUGCAGACCCUGCAGCUACCUCUCAACACCUCUGAGCACAGAGCUGAGCAGCUGCUGCAGCACAACAACCAGACCAAGUUCUACCGGGAGUUCCUGGGCAUUGUGGCAGGGGAGCAGGUGGAGCCCAGGGGCCUGGGGGAGGCUGUGCAGACCCUGUGUGAGCACACAUCCAUCUUCUGGGUGCGGAGAGGGCACGGGCCAGGGAGGCAGCGCCUCAUCUACCUGUGCAUUGACAUCUGCUUCCCCAGCAACAUCUGUGUGUCCAUCUGCUUCUAUUACCUGCCCGAGUAAGUGCUGCAGCCACGGCCGCCCUCUCUGCCCUCACACUUGAACUGGAUUCCCAAAAAGCCUCUAACUUCCACGAGGAAGGGAACACCUACAACAUCCCCAGAGCUUCCUGCUGAUUCCGUGCUGUAGGUCAGGAGAGUUUAGAGAAACAGGA